AUGUGGGAAAGAGAAGCUAAACUGUAUGCCACUCUUCCCGUGAUCAUGCCCCAGCUGUUUCAAAAUGUGGCAAUUCCCAACAGAUAUUAUACUCUGUUUUGCAAACUGCACCCACUAAUGCCUAAAGGGAGACAACUCCUUGUACGCGUUCUCACUCAAUUUGUUCAGGCUACCAGUCGAAGCAAACACGUGCCCAUGUAUACCGGCAGCCCUGAAGCCUUUCAGAGGCAGAUCAAACGAAAGGUCUGCAAAGGCAAACUCUCAUCACCAGAAUCAGCUCUCACAAAUCUCCUAGGCUCUGCGGGGCCCAGUCCCCUGGCCUUGAAGCCCAAAACAGAGAUGGGCCCACUAAAGGAGCAUACUGGAGAAGUCUUUCCGCCCAUGAAGAACCUCUCGGGCAAAUAUGAGGACAUACUCAGAGAUCCUCUGCUCCAUGGAACUAAAAUGCCGGCUGAUAUUCCAAAGUUCAAUGCAGCCCCGUAA